GAAUUCCAUUAAAAAACAUAAGAAAACUUAUUAAAUGAAUGUUUCUUAGCGGAAAUAACCUCCGAGAAGAACUCAAGUUUGAAUCGGCCGCUCACACGAUGCUCCCCUUCUCCUGCCGCCUCGCGCGCUCUAACCUCCUUCUACGCUGCCACGUUUCACCACCAUUUUCUACUAACGCAACGAAAAUCACAGACUCUCCGAUACAUUUUUAAUAAUAACUCAUGAUUCGUGUGGUUAAGGAUAAUACAAUUGUUGGGAUAGAUUCCUGAAAUACGUACGGUUCUACUGGUGAUCUAGUUGGAUUUUUUCUUUAUUGUCGAUUAUUUUUAAGUGAUUUUUGAAAACGAAGUCCCAUAAGACCCUGUGUUAUUGACGUAUUUUCAAUCAUUUUUUGCCAACAAUCUACAAGCAAUACUCCUUGCAAUAUAAUUGCAAUACGCUGAAGGUAUAUGGAGGCCCUUUGAGGCUUUCAUGUUUUAAUAUUGCUGGUCUACAUAAAAGACUGAACACUGGAUAAUCCUUCACAAAAGCAGUUCCAACAUUGAAUAGCAGAGUCCUCGGUGGCCACUCAAUUUUUUAAUAAAAAGUCAAAGAAUGAUUGGAAUAUUUUCGCAAAAGAUCACGAGUUUUUCGAUGCUUUAUUAGUUAAGAUAAUGGGGAACUGCACUGUCACAUAACUGAUUACUUAGGGAACACUUGUAGAAAUUUGGAAAGUGAGUGUGGCUCCCUCUUCAACUUCACUAAAGGUUCCAAGAGAAUUAUCCUGCAUCAUACGUUAUUUUCUAAAAAAAACACUACACGCAAUUUAUAGGUUUAAUAUUCCAGGAGAGAAUCAACAAAUUCUCUAUUAACCUCGUCACUCGUGGAUGAUUCCCUCUGUUACUUAAUUUUGGAUAACAAUUGUUCGACAAGCUGUUGGUAAUGAUAACUUCUCUCUUGGAGGACAAUCUACAAACAGCUCCAGGCUUGUAAACCCGCAAACGUUUGCCUCAGGAGCUGAAGAGUAGUACUAAGCCACAUUUUUCAACGAGCUCUAUGAGGUCUUGAACAAUACGAGAUACUGAACAAAUUAUGUCCAAAUCAUCGUGUAGAACGGGACUUUAAAGAGAAUUUGUCUCUUUCGAUCAUUAAGUUGCUUUUCUGAUGACUUCUGCCUCCCCAAAAAUGGAGAAAAAUGUGCGGACUUGUUUUAUUCCUGACUGCAAGCUCGACUCAUCUCAUAAAGCUCUUUACCCAUUCCUAAUCGACACGGAAGACAUAAACUCUUGGAUUGUGGGUGUGGGCUCUCCAGGGCUAGUGGGAAACGUUCCAACAGACCACAGGAGAAUUUGCGAGCAGUACUUCCUCUGCACUGACCACAUGAAUUUCCUGGACUCCAUAAAGUAUGUGGAGAAAUUGCAAAAACAAGAUGAAGAACAGGAGAGGGUUGAGAAUAAUAAGGAAGACCCUGAAGGAGUAGAAGAAUCAGUUCCUGAUCAACUCUCGCAGCAGCUCAGCAGCUUAACAGUCUCACAGCCUCGAGAUGAUGAAUUCGAUGAUCCCAAUAUUCCAAAGACAGAGGAAUGCGAGAAUUAUGUUGAACUGACCAUUUGCCCCCAGGAUUUAAGUUCCAUCUUCGAUUUGAUCCCGGAGGACUCCACUAGCCUCUGCAGAGUGUGUGGAAAGAGCACUGCUAAUCCCAUCUCGAUAUUCCCAGGAGAAGAUGAAAGUGGUGAGGUCAGUAUCCUCGAAAAAAUUCGGUAUUAUCUUCCCAUCAAGAUUGAGAAUAACGACGACCUUCCGAAGAUCAUCUGUGGAGAGUGCGAUCAACGUCUCAGGGAAACUCACGACCUGGCGAUGACAUCUCUGGCCACUGAAGCUCUCCUAACAGGUGCUGCACCUAAAGACGACUUGAUAGAGUACAAUUACGUGUCGAAAGAAAACUCUAAACCUCCAGGCCAUUCUGAUCAAGUCACAUCCACUGCGGCAGAUUGCGAGAAUGAGAAUUGCAGUCAGGAGUCUGUGAGCGACGCAGCUCAUCUAAAUUGCUGGCAGCCUCUGAUUACCAGUGAUGAAGAAGAAGGGUCUUCUAUAACAUUUGAAGAGCUCAAACUGCGAGGGUCUCAUGGUAAAAAGAGACCUCUCUCGCAAGAUACCGGGGCGCCUGCUGUCAAGAAGAAGAAGAAGGAGCCAAUCUUUGAGAAAUGGUACAAGUGCAACACGUGUGCAGCCUCUUCGACUGACGAAGACAUCAUAAAAUUCCACAAAAACAGGCAUAGGCUGCGAAAACCUGUCCUCUACUGGUGCAACUUUUGCGCAACCGAAUUUCCCAAGGAGUCCAUCUUCGCGAACCACGUGCUAUCGAUUCACAAGCGAGAAUCCCAGGUUUUAAGUCAAGCUUACAAGUGCAGCACUUGUCACCGAGUCUUUUCCCUCAAAUCGACUGCGCUGUUGCACUACGUGAUAAAGUGUGCUAUCCAUCCAGUUCAAAAUUAUGACGCUAACAAGUCAGCUGAGGACGUAUACAUCAGAUAUGCCUACACUUGCGAAUUCUGCUGGAAAGGAUUCGCCUAUGUCUCCAGUCUAAAUGCACACAGGAGUGAACAGCAUUCAAACAGCAAUUGUUGGACUGGAAAAUUCGAAAUUAGUGAACAGGAGAAGAGGGAAAGGAUUUUGGAUAUCUUCGGGAUAAGAAAUGCUUUUGCCUGUAAAUUCUGCGCUAAGAUAUUUUUAUCCUUAGAGAACUACCUCGAUCACGAGAACCAGCAUCGGGAUCGCUUGUUCAAGUGUUCUUCCUGCAAUGAAACAUUUACUAAGUAUGAGGAUUUUAAGGAGCAUCGAGAGACUCAGCACGACUAUCGAAUUGUCUUCAGAGAGGUAAUCGAAGAACAAUUGCAGGAGGAUUGAUAGAUUUUAUUGAGAAUUUGGGCGUAUUUGAUGGACAGAGCGUUCUGAACUCCACGAAUUCCUUAUAAAUAUUCUGAAACUUUGCAUUAUUUCAUAAUGAGAGUAUUUUUAAGUUCCUGAAGAGUGAUAGCAGUGAAUAUGCUUUUUAUUCGAAAAAUUUGAUGACUGAGAAUACUGAGAUUAGUCUUGGGGAUUUCAGAAAAAUUGAUGUGAAUUAAAUGAAGGGAUUAUAAUAAUUCAAUUUUAUUGAUGUCAAAGAGUGCAUACUGCAGUGGGCAUUAUUCAUUAUUUUUUGAAAAUUUCAAUGGUUAAUUCAACAAUUAAAUGAGAGACCAUUGUGAUUGAUUUGAAUAGUAGAUGUCAAUAUGGUUUUCAUUUGUACGACCUAAAGAAUAAUCUUUGCUAGAGGAUUACGAUUAGUAUUUUUUUGUUUUAUAAGAGACAUUAUUAUGAAUCGUUUAGUGGAGUUAAUCGGUCAAAUAAUACAGAGGAUUUCAUUUAUUACUUUUUAUUGAUCGAUGAUUGAAGUUUUGGUUGGAACUUUGAUUUUUGCGUUGAUUAGAUAUUGACUAGCAUAAGUCAAUUAGACUAAUUUUCAUGAUAUGUAAUAGGCUGUUUAAAAAUUGAAUUUUAUCGGUAUUAAGUGAAUUUCUCAUUGACACUCUGAAAAGUUGAAGCAACGAAGUACCAGAGGUCUGGAGACAAAUUAGAGAAAUUAGGAAGAAUAGAAAAAUUGAUACUUCCAUAGAUUUAAUGUGGCCAAUGCAUUGUUCAUUGAGGUUUUUUUUUUCUAUUUUUAAAGAGACAUCCAUUAUUGAGAAUACGCCUAGAAAUUUGAAUUGUCAAUUCGUUUAUACGAAUCAUUCGAUUUUUUCGUGUUUUCAUAUGCAAAUAAAGAUAACUUGUUCCAGA